UAUUUCUUUUUGAUGGGACCGCGGUGACUGGAAAGUCUUUCGUAGUGUCCAUAGUGUAAUAUUUUUAAUAAUUGACGAAAAUGGGUUUCGUUAAAGUAGUUAAGAACAAACAGUACUUCAAGAGGUUUCAAGUUAAGUUUAAGAGGCGUCGUGAAGGUAAAACAGAUUACUAUGCCCGUAAACGUUUGAUUGUCCAAGACAAAAACAAAUACAACACCCCCAAGUAUCGUCUUGUGGUUCGUCUCUCAAACCGUGACAUUACCUGCCAGAUUGUGUAUUCUCGCAUUGACGGUGAUAAAGUUAUGUGCGCUGCUUACUCACGCGAAUUGCCAAAAUAUGGAGUCAAAGUUGGUCUUACCAACUACGCAGCUGCCUAUGCCACUGGAUUAUUGUUGGCCCGUCGUCUGUUAAAGAAACUUGGUUUGGACACCCUCUACGAAGGUACCACUGAUGUCACUGGAGAUGAAUACAAUGUUGAAGGUGUGGAUGAUGGCCCAGGAGCAUUCAGAUGUUACCUUGACGUUGGUCUACACCGCACCACCACCGGUGCCCGAGUGUUCGCCGCCAUGAAAGGCGCCGUAGAUGGUGGUUUGAACAUUCCUCACUCCACCAAACGUUUCCCAGGUUACGAUGCUGAAGCUAAACAAUUCAAUGCUGAGGUACACCGCAACCACAUCUUUGGUGUUCAUGUUUCUGAAUACAUGAAAUCUUUGGAAGAAGAAGACCCAGAGGCUUUCAAAAGGCAAUUCAGCCAGUACAUCAAGAAUGGAAUCAACGCUGAUCAAAUCGAAGGUAUCUACAAAAAUGCCCACGCCGCUAUCAGGGCUGAUCCCACCCAUGAGAAGAAACCAGCGCAUGCUCCAGCCAAGACUAAGAGGUGGAACCGCAAGAAGCUCACCUUGGCAGAACGUAAAGACCGUGUUGCACAGAAAAAGAAGUCUUAUGUUGCAAAAUUGCAGGCUGAAAAUGAAUCAUAAAUGUAAUAUUAUGUUUAUAACAAAAAAGGUGUAGGUAUUAAAUAAAUAGUACAAUACACAGAA